CAGACCCUCUUCCCUACCUCCCCCCCAGCUGGUGGGAGACGGAUUCUCACCCUAAUUUACAGACCAAGGUCACUCUGCCCAACCUGCGAAAGAUGGGGAGGAAAAAAAUCCAGAUCUCACGCAUUCUGGACCAAAGGAACCGGCAGGUGACAUUCACCAAGCGCAAGUUUGGGCUGAUGAAGAAGGCCUAUGAGCUGAGUGUGCUCUGUGACUGUGAGAUCGCCCUCAUCAUCUUCAACAGUGCCAACCGCCUGUUCCAGUAUGCCAGCACGGACAUGGACCGCGUGCUCCUAAAGUACACAGAAUACAGCGAGCCCCAUGAGAGCCGCACCAACACCGACAUCCUCGAGACACUGAAGCGGAGGGGUGUGGGCCUUGAUGGGCCAGAGCUGGAGCCAGACGAGGGGCCUGAGGGGCCGGGAGAGAAGCUGCGGAGGCUGGCAGGCGAAGGGGGUGACCCAGCCUUACCCCGGCCCCGGCUCUAUCCAGCAACCCCUGCUAUGCCCAGCCCAGACAUGGUGUACGGGGCACUGCCCCCCCCAGGCUGUGACCCCAGUGGGCUUGGGGAGGCCCUGCCUGCCCAGAGCCACCCAUCUCCCUUCCGACCAGCAGCCCCGAAAGCUGGACCCCCAGGCCUGGCACACCCUCUCUUCUCACCAAACCACCUCACCAGCAAGACACCGCCCCCCCUGUACCUGGCGGCAGAUGGGCGGAGGCCAGACCUGCCUGGUGGCCUGGCUGGGGCCCGAGGGGGACUGAACUCCUCGAGAAGCCUCUACGGUAGCCUGCAGAGCCCGUGCUCCUCUGCGGCCCCGGGAACCCCGCUGGGGAGCUUCCCCUUCCUCUCUGCAGGCCCCCCAGAAUACGGCUUGGGAGACCCUCCGCCGCCCCCUGGCUUGCUGCAGUCCCCCACGCUGGCCCCGUGGCAGUCCUCCAGGGGAGAUGGUCCCCAUGCCAUCUCCGUCCCGCCCAGCGGGGGCCGUAGUCUGGGCGAGGAGGGCCCCCCUACCCGCGGCGCCUCCCCGCCGACCCCGGCAGUCAGCGUCAAGUCCGAGCGCCUCUCACCAGCCCCCGGGGGCCCCGGCGACUUUCCCAAGACCUUCCCCUACCCCCUGCUCCUCGCCCGGUCUCUGGCAGAGCCCCUGAGGCCCGGGCCCGCCCUGCGCCGGCUGCCCUUGGCCGAUGGCUGGCCCCGGUAGCGGACCCCGGGUAGCACCGGCACAUCCUGUCGCCGAGCAGGGCGAAGGCAGGUGGGGACCCAGCCUCCCUCCGGACCUCUGCAUAAAAGACCCAACGCUUACCGCCCCUCUGCGGUGGGGGCUUGGAGGGGGCGGCUGGAUUCGGAUCCACUCUGGGUGGGGGGUCUCCUUUCCUCCUCCCUGAGUGUGUAUCCACCAAUAAAACACGCGUGACGUCCAUGGA